AUGGAUGUCCAUAUGCACCACGGCCAAUGGGCGCGCCAUAUCCAUAAGGAUCCUCCAGAUUGGCGGUGGGUGGCGCCGCACGAUCGCGCCGCUGUCGACGGACAGGUUGUCUGGGCUCCUCUUCAGGUGAGUAAGGAUGCUGGGGAGGACCUGGUGGUUGACGAGUUUGUAACUGAUGCGACUGGUGGGGCGGCAGUUGACGAGAAGGUGGCUGGUGGUGAGCUAGCUGUUGCUGCUGAGGGGGGAAUUGGUGCUGCUGUUGUUGUUGUUGUGCGUAUGGGUGGUGAGGAGGGAGUUGGUGCUGACGCGGAGCCGGUACGUGAUGGCGAUAACCCUGAUCGUGAUCGCUUGUUGAAGCCGAGUCAGACGGGCCAAGACCGUCGUCGUCGUCGUAGUCGUCUUCGUCGUCGUACAGGUCGUCAGAACUAUAGCCCUGGCUGCCUGUUUCUUGAGAAGAGUCGUCGCUAUAAGUAG